UCCUCUAGAAUUCACUAUCCUCCUUCCUCUAGAAUUCACAAUCCUACUUCCUCUAGAAUUCACAAUCCUACUUCCUCUAGAAUUCACUAUCCUACUUCCUCUAGAAUCCACACUCGACCCAAAUUGCCUCACCGCUUUUUCAAAGCUAUAUAUAGACAGAGAGCACACCACACAAAAAGGUAUAUUACGCAAAUAGUUAGACAAAGAAAGAAAAAAAGAAAAAGGAGAGAGAAAGAGAGGAUUCAGAAUGGCUUUGGACUACUACAGCGUUCUGAACGUGAAGAGGAAAGCCAGCGACGAUGAAGUGAAGAGGGCGUACAAAAGGCAGGCGUUGAUAUGGCAUCCAGACAAGAACCCGGCCAGCAAACAAUCUGAGGCCGAGAAAAAGUUCAAGCAGAUCUCCGAGGCCUACGAAGUGCUCGGUGACCCUCGCAAGCGUCUGAUCUAUGAUGUGGAAGCAAUCAAGUCCGUCCAAUUUCCUCCUCCACGUCCAUCGUCUUCCUGUGCGCCAACUGCUGCUUCAAGAUGCCAUCAGAAACACCACAAUCGGCAGCAGCAUCCGGAUAUUGUGAAGUUACGUGUUUUUGGUGAAGAAGGUUUCUGGGUACGCGUACACCCUACCAGUUGUAAUUGAGGUUUUCUCUUUCUUGAUUUUGACCAUUUAGACUUGUGAGGGAUACCUACCUACGUGUUGCCGGUACUCUUUUUCCUUAUUUGAGGUUUUCCCAUUUAGGGUUUUUUCUUAAUAAGGUUUUAAUGAGGCCGGUGGUAUUCCCUUGAGGUCUUUUGGUCGGUUUGUCCUUCUUGGACUCGAUUUCAGUUGUACUUGACUGACUUUGUAUUGUAGUAGGAGGGAUGCCAACCUAGUUGGGAUGUCUCCUUUCAAGUAACUGUAUAUGCAAAAUUCAUCUUCUUAUUCUUGUUC